GGAACAACAACGUUUUUGACACGAACUGGCGAAGGGUUGCACAUGGACUCACUCAGCUGGCAGGGAUUACUAAAUCCAGCUUUGUGUGGAUGGAUUUCACCGAUCGGCAUCGUAAUAUCAAAUAUGAUUUAAAUUUGGUGUCGGUGAGCCAAGUUGCAGCGACAUGGUAAUAUUUUUUGAAUGGCACCAGACAGCUAUGGACCAGAAGAACAGCAGCGGGUUGCCAAUGACUGGUGAAGACACUGGUUUGGGGGCUUUGGCCUCGCCACUGGUGGGGUAUUUGGGAAAAGUUCAGGAAAGAGCCGCUUUACUGGAGCAUUGUCCCUGGUGUACUUCGAAGGGUUUGACCUAUGCUCUGCGUUCUUACCGCAUCAACCUCCAGGAGUCAAUCACCCUCUGCACAAACCCACAGUGCCUUUUCCCUCUUGUCAGCCGCUCCUUGGAGGAUGUUUUGGCUAGCUUGGAUCCUGUGGAGCCCACUAUUGGGAAGAAAAGAAAACAUGCCUUGGCACUGGAAAAGGAAGACUUGAUUAGACCCGUACACAAACGCCUGCGGUCAAGUGAACUUUACAGUCUUGGGCCACAAAGUAGUACUGACACAUCUAUAAGCCAAGCAGAGCACAGUGCUGUAAACUGUGUCAGUAAUGGCCAACAUGAGGCACCCAAGACGGAAGAUGGAAAGGUAAAUGGAUGCAGGGAUUCUCCAGUUGCAGAGACAACAGGACGGGAGUCACAACAAGUCGAGGAUGAUGUUCUGGACAAGGAAGUAGUCAAUGAUGCUCAUGCAGAUGGCAGUUCUGCUCCUGCAUGUUCGACACCAGCUGGACCGCUGCAGAGCUCGUUAGGAGCCUUGUUGACCGCUGAUGAGGAUGGGUCUGUGCUCUCUCCUCACAGUGGUGCUCCUGUUACAUCAGAGGCAGAGGACGACUUGAGGCAGGUGAACAGUCCUCCUGAGGUGCCGAACAGAUGCUGCAGUCUGGACUCCAGUCAGUCCUUUUUCAAAAAUCAGGACAUUUACUCAACCAUAGUCAAUACUCCAUCGCCUCAGCACCACGAGCAGACAGCAAGGACGGAACACAAAUCACUGACUGCAGACAUCACUGCGUGUAAGGACGUGAGAGGCAUUAAGUCACAAACUGAGAAUUUGUCCUCUACCUCGAUAAUGGAGUCAGAGGAGCUUGUAUCUGUUCCCAAUCAGCUUUUCUGGAGGAACAGCGACAACCUGUGUUGGCUGGACUCACUGCUUGUUGCUCUGGUAAACUGUAAGAGCUUGAAAAGGUGUCACCCCAAAGAUGAGACGCAGCGGUUAUCUGUCUGGCAGCUGCUUAGGAAAUAUGAAGACAUUUGUGCCGCCAUCCAAGUUCAUCAGCGGACUGGCAAAGAUGGCGUUGUGAGGGUGCCAAAUCAUGUGCUGCAAAAGGCCAAUGCAGAUCUACACAGUCUCAGGAUGUCGAUCUUCAAACUACUUCAGUCUAAGCUGCACUGCAAACUGGGUCGGAUGGAAACUCCCGUUUUUGCCAUGCCGCUCCUGCUAAAGAUGGACUCUUGGGCAGAGCCUCUUUUCCAGUCAACCUUUCACUGGGAGUUCAAGUGCAGCGGAUGCAAAACCACCACGAAAGAAAGGGUUACGAAAACGCUCCCCUCGUUCACAAACAUUUUACCUGAUUGGAGUCCACUUGAUGCAGUCCACUUGGCUCCGUGCAAUGUGUGCUGCAAGCAGAAUCAGAAGAGGACCAUGACGCUGGAGAGUGUUCCUCCAGUGUUUGAGCUGCACUUUGUAGAGGGGCUUCCUCACAACGAUGUCACAGUCUACACCUUCACCUUCAAAAGGAAACGCUACUCAGUCACCACUGUCAUACAGUACAACCAUCAACUCAAGCACUUUGUCACCUGGAUUCGUAAUUUGGAUGGGUCAUGGCUCGAAUAUGACGAUUUGAAACAUCCAGACUGCAAGACCCAUCAGAAGCUCCCGGUCCCUGCUCAGGAGAUGCACAUCGUCUUCUGGGAGGCGGAGGAGGAUAAAGAGCCUCGUGCCUGUUCUCCCUCCAGCACAUUUCCUGAAUCUCCCCCAUCCAAAAAUGAGAUGAACACCAGUGUGGAUGGCAAAGACUUAACAGCAGAUGAACUGUUGGCUCGCACUCCGGAUCAUUCUCUCCUCGUGUCCCACGACGACACUGACAUCGUCAGCGCACUCUCAGCUUCUGAGGGCAACAUAGACACAACUGUAACAGCCGGUGUUGAUACAUCGAUCGGCUCCACAACACUGCUCAGCGCCUUCGAGGGCCUUUCCCAUGAUGACAUCAUCACACUCACGCUGGUGGAGUUAAAUCCUGGUUCAGAAAUGCAGCCUUUAAAUGAAAACCAACAAACGGCGGACGUUAGUGUUCCCAGCGGGAAUGAAAUACUUAACUCCGCACCAGAUAGCUCCUCCGCUGUAAAGGUUAGUGAAGAGUCGUGCAACCGUGAUGUUGAGCUCCCCUCCACCUCCUCUUCAUCUGAUUCUGGGGACGGCUCAUCCAGCGAUCCCACGUUUGUGCCUGGUGGCGGGAGAGGACGAGGGAGAGGAAGAGGAGUUAGCAGAGAUAAAACAGCCAGCAGACAAACAGGUAGAAAGAAAGCAGCUGCACAGAUUUCACCACUUGCGUCUUCGGAGUCCUCCAGAGCAGUCGGUCGUGAACCUGCAACUGCUGAUGCUCGUGAGAAUAACAUACCGCCUGUUGAAACCACACAGCGAGCAUCCCCUGUCUCUUCGACAGAUGCCUCACCCCUGUCCUCGGUUCAGAAAAGUCCCACAAUGCCGAAUCAGAAAUCGAGCUGGUCCUUCCUGCUCAGCAAACACCCACUAAACCAAUGUCACAAGUCGAUUGGUAAGCUCUCCCCCACCCACACACCUACCUCGGCCACACGAGCAAAGCCCAUUCCUCCUGCUCACUCUACGCCCAUACCAGUGAGAAGACAGCAGACCCCCGGAGGACUCUUCCCGAAACCACAGCUCAGGACAGAGGAGAGCGAGGGUCUCCCGCUAAAAGCUGCAGAAAUGUACGGUGGAUUCGGUACAAAGAGCUGGAACGCCACGACUCCGCUCUCAUCUCCUGCACCUCUUAAUGGCAAAUCAAAGCUGAUUCAACCUACAACAUCUCACCGGCAGAAAUCCCUCAUGAACACUACAGCGGCGUCUGCUACACUGCUUCCUGCGCCUGGAGCAAAGCGGCUCCCUGAAAUAUCCUCCUCAAAGAAACACAGCAGCCACUCCUCGAAGGUUCCCCCGGGUCUCAGCGACACAGAAGCUCUCAGGUACAAGCUGAUGAGGAAACUGAAGGCAAAGAAGAAGAAGCUCGCCAAGCUGAACGAAAAGUUGGGUCAUCAGGGGGGAGCCGGUCUCCAGCCGGACAGUACCGCCCUGUGCUCUCCCAACACGGUCUCCUCCAGCACCUACGACGGCUCCGUGUGCAGCGACCUCCUCUCGGAUCUGCUCUCUCCAGCAACGACAGCCAGCAACCUUUCACCGGACAGCACCGACUUCCUGGAGUUGCUCGCCAACGGGCAAGAUGGAGCCGAGCAGCUGGACUGUGGAGUCGGUGCAGGCGGUGCGGUGUCGCAGAUGAACGAGCCCCACACUGAGAACUUCCUGGAUGAGUACCUCUCGCAGGCUGUGGCUCAGAGACCGACUGAGAUGGAGACGGAAGCGCUCAGUGCGCUUGAACUCUUUAUUUGAGCUGUGGGGCGAUGGGUGUUGUCUGCAAGCUUCAAGCACAGAUAACCGGACUCUGGAAAUUACACAAAAUGAAGCCUAAACCUCAUCUGUCACCCAGACAUGUCAGUCCGAAGCAGUGGAGAUGUAGUAGUAGAUGUAGUUUUUUUUUCAGGUUUACAGUAGUUAAGUCUCUUUGUAUUUGUGUUGCUGUUAAUUUUGAUGGGUUAAUGAAAUUUCGAUGCUUGUUCAUUGUUGGAGACUGUAUGGUGAACCAUGGAUUGAUAUUUGUAAGUUUGGCACUUUGUCUUGUAGAUAUUGUAUGUAACUGGGCGGUAUGAGGCAAUCAUGUUUACAGCCAAAGCUGUUUGUUUGCUCGUUUUUUUUAUUUUGAAAAAUUACUUGAAGAUUUUCAUGAAAUAAUUUUUUAAAGUGUCACUUAAUAAAUACUUUAGGUGACUAAUGGUUGUUGUACAACAUGUCAUUAUUAUUAGGAAAUUUAAGAAAUCGUGUGUGCGGUUUUGUUUCAGCUCUCAUAGGGAAAUAAAAUAUUAAUAUUUUGUGCUUUU